GGCCCUGCGGCGCCGGGGCGCGGACGAGCUGCUACUGCCGCCGCCUCUGCCGCCCCUGCCGCCCAUCGGCCAGGAGGUGUCGGCGGCCGGCGACUCCGGGGAAGGCUUCAGGCGCCUCCCGGAGGCGGCAGCCCCCGAGGCGGCGGCGGAGAAGAGAGGUCCCGGCGAGCCCGAGGCCGGCGCGGGCGGGGAGGGCGAGCGGCUGGGUGCCGGCGACCAGCCGGAGACGCGCUCGAUGUGCAGCAGCCGCAGUAGCAGCAGCAGCGGCGGCGGCGACCGGCGCUCUGGGCACCAGCACCACCAGCCCAUCUGCAAGAUCUGCUUCCAGGGCGCCGAGCAGGGUGAGCUGUUGAACCCCUGCCGAUGUGAUGGGUCAGUUCGAUAUACACAUCAGCUGUGCUUGCUGAAGUGGAUUAGUGAGAGGGGCUCCUGGACCUGUGAGCUCUGUUGUUACCGAUACCACGUCAUAGCUAUUAAAAUGAAGCAGCCUUGCCAGUGGCAAAGCAUUUCUAUAACACUGGUUGAGAAAGUUCAGAUGAUUGCUGUAAUCCUAGGAUCCCUGUUCUUAAUAGCAAGUGUGACUUGGCUUCUCUGGUCCGCCUUCAGCCCCUAUGCAGUGUGGCAGAGAAAGGACAUCCUUUUUCAAAUCUGCUAUGGAAUGUAUGGUUUUAUGGAUCUAGUGUGCAUAGGUCUCAUUGUCCAUGAAGGAGCUGCAGUUUACAGAGUGUUUAAGCGCUGGAGAGCCGUUAACUUGCACUGGGAUGUCUUAAAUUAUGACAAAGCCACAGACAUUGAAGAAAGUAGCCGGGGAGAGUCUUCCACAAGUAGGACUUUAUGGUUGCCAUUGACGGCUCUGCGGAACAGAAAUUUGGUCCACCCAACGCAGCUAACCUCCCCAAGGUUUCAGUGUGGCUACAUAUUAUUACAUCUGUUCAAUCGGAUGAGGCCCCAUGAAGAUUUGUCAGAAGAUAACAGCUCAGGGGAGGUUGUGAUGAGAGUGACGUCAGUGUAGCAAAAGCAGAGCGUGGACCACCUAGCACAUUUUGGAAUGUAAUUGCAAUGAAUGGUGAAACCAUACCACUUCUGAAAAACACAUCUAUGAACUUUUUAAACUUUAUGCUUUUUAUAUGAACAUUUGAAUUGCAAAUACAUUUUUCUGA